GCCCGUCCGCCGGCUAUGGCGGGCCCUCGGCCGUGGCUGGGCCUGGCCUGGCUGCUGGGCAUGGCGGCGGCGAGCGCCCUGCCCCUGGCCGCCGGCCCGCGGGACGAGGUGCUGGCCGCGGCGCUGCAGCGGCUGCGGGAGGUCUUCGACAUCGAGGAGCUGCCCCCCGACGUGCUGCCCCGCAAAAAGCCGCCGCAGUUCAUGGUGGAUCUCUUCAACAAGGUGGCCGACGCCAACGGCAUCACCCGCGCCCCCGGCCUGCUGGAGGGCGACGUGGUGCGCAGCUUCGAGGACCGGGGCGGGCCGGGGGUGCCGGGGGGCGGCGGGGCCGUGGCCCGAGGGGUGCCUCGGGAAGGGUCUUGCGAGGUUCGGCUGCACCAGCAGCGCUUCUACUUCGACAUCAGCGCCAUCGAGAGGGGCGAGCAGAUGCUGAAGGCCGAGUUCCGAGUUUUCAAGCUGAAGAGGAAACGUGUGGCCAGGUCCGAGGGGCAGCACUUCUGCAAAGUGGAAUUGUACGAACUCUUGGAGGGUGGAAGUAAGCCGCAAAAAAAACAUCUCAUUGCAUCAAGAUUAUUGUCUCUGUACACAGAAGGCUGGGAAGUAUUCAACGUCACACAGACAGUUUCCAAGUGGGUCGGAAACAGCAACUCCAACCACGGCUUUUUGAUAACUGCAACACAUGCAUUCAGCAAUAAAAUUGAGCACAACCUGGUUACAUUUGCGAAGAGCCAGGGCAAUUUGCAGGAGAGUAGAAAUGCUCUCCUUGUCCUCUUCACCAACAGUAAUAAACGAAGGUCUUCCAGCUUUGUACCCUCUUCCACAAAGCUGAACCCUGCCGAAAAUGACGCUUUGUUAGGUGUGCCUCAUGAACCUCAGAUCAUUGAAAACAACAAUGCAAGCAGGAGGAGGGAACCUCGGGCUGCAGCAGCAUCUUCUACCAAAAGCCAGGUUACAGCAUGUCAUCGGAGGGAACUCUACGUUGACUUCCAUGCUAUUGGCUGGUCAGGAUGGAUUAUUUACCCAAGUGGAUACAAUGCAUUUUACUGCAGAGGAUCUUGUCUUUUCCCCUUGGGGGAAAGUCAAAAUGCAACAAACCAUGCCACUGUUCAGUCCAUAGUCCAUACGCUUAAACUGUCUCAAGAUGUCAGCACACCCUGCUGUGUUCCGGAUGAACUGAAAUCCCUCAAUCUCCUCUACUUUGAUGACAAAGAGAAUGUGGUCCUUAAAAAUUACAAAGACAUGGUGGCAACAAGGUGCGGUUGUCAUUAACAGAACAUUUUUUGGUACAUAUUUGGCAUGCACUUGGAUUCAGUUUCCAAUUUGCCACUGAAGAUACCAAGGUAAAUGGCGUUUCAGAUUAUGGGUCGGGAGAGCCGGAAGCUCGCCAGUGCUUCAAACCCUUCUUCUCUCUCCGUGGCAGUGCAGAAAGGAGUUUAACACUGGCUUUCCAAGAAAGAGCUAUCGGCUUCUAGUGAGUAUGCUGACCUGCAUGGAAAGCUCUGUGCCUGUAAACCAGAGGAAACCAUUAGAAACAAUUUGUUAUGUGAAAGAGUCCAAACACAUUAAGAUCCUGUUCUGUAUGUUGAGGCUCUGAAUAUCCUAAGUAAUAGGUAUGUCAUGCUGCCUCAAUCCACUGUGGAGGUGCAAGUCUCUUAGUAACAUAACCUUAUUUAGCUUUGGCUGUUCAUGAUCCAGUGGGGAUGUAUGUUCCUAUACAGAGCUUUGAGGAUAAGUGUUUGCCCAGAGCUAACCUCAGAGGCCUCUUCUGAGUAAUGCAUAAACUACAGAUGGUAAUGCACUUCUUCCCCCUUUUCCAUCUGCAGUUCUGCCAAAUGCAGGGACCUCCUUGUAAGUCCUUCUGGGACUUGCUAGUGCUAGGCAAUCCAAGGGAAACAGGUCAGUAUAUAUCUGGGCAUCAGCAAACUUGGCUUCUGACUCAGUGCUGCAGCUCUGUAUGAUGGAGGGUCAACCAGUCCCAUUCUGAGUCAAAAUUCUUCCACCAUGGUUUGCUGUGGCUGUUAUGCUCUCUGGCAGCAGAGGUUUCCCUUGAGUGUGCAUUGUACAGUGAGUGGCUGUACAAUGGGAUCCUAAGCUUGGGCUGGAACUUCCCUAGUUCAGUUGGAUGGAAAAAAAAAGAUCAAACUUCGGAGGUCUGAGAACAUGCUGGAUGCUGCCCUGGUCCUGCGCCAAAGGCAAGUUUGAUGGAAAGUACUCAACCGAUUCCCUUUCAUUCUUCCUUAAAGCAUAGGACACAGGCUUAGAAGGGGUUCCCUGAGGUCUUCAAGUCUUGCUACUACCUAAUGCAGGCAAACAGCCUGCAGUUCUUCAGUCAACUCAUUGAGUUGUAA